AUGGCCUCAAACUCGAUCGAUCUUCAAUUUUUUAGCGACAUUCAACAAUCCUUGGAACAAGAAUCGGAUCGUAAAGACGAGAUUCGUGUCAAGGUACGGGAAUUCGAACGAACCUGUCGAAAGCUUAAUGCCAUCCUUAACAUGAUUCACGCAGAUCCUACGGGUCCAGUGCCAGAAAUCGCUUUUAACGAAGUCCGAGAACGCGUCCAAACCCUCGCUACUUUGAUACCCGAAAACCAGUUCUACAAAUACUGUGAUUUGUGGUCGCGCUCGAUGCAGCAAGCCGUGUUUCUGGUUGUUUUCAAGUAUUAUCUCGAAACCGAAGAGCUGGUCCAGAUAAACAAGAUUGAAGAAGCCAUUGGAGGUAAUAGCAUGGCUGAUAUUGCUUCUCGAUUGGCCGUCAAUGCAGUGACUGUAGGUGAUUAUACGCGCCCUAUGCGAUUAAGCAAGUUCGUCAAAGAUCUUAGCGGUGGAUUUCAGCUUCUGAACUUGAAGAAUGAUAUGCUGCGAAAGAGAUUCGAUGGCAUCAAAUAUGAUGUAAAGAAGAUUGAGGAGGUUGUUUACGACAUUAGCUUGCGUGGCUUGCAAGAUGGAUCGAGUGCAGCAAAGAAAGCUAAACUGAGUCACGAGAUUUAA